AUGCAUCCUCGUCAAACAAACUCUCCACCGGCCGACGACGACUACAUCAACGGCGAUGACAACGGUUACGAUUCCAAUCGUACCAGCGGUGAGGGUUCUCCAUUGAUGAUGUCACCAUGGAACCAGACAUCUUCUUUCCAACCAUCGUCCACUGCUAGUCCUGAUAAUGGCCUCGUCGGUUCCCUGGUUCGGGAGGAAGGCAACAUUUAUUCCCUGGCUGCCGCCGGUGGCCUCCUCUACACCGGAUCGGACAGCAAGAACAUCCAUGUCUGGAAAAACAUGAACAUGUUUACCACAUUCAAGUCCAACAGUGGUCUUGUGAAGGCGAUUAUAAUUUCCGGCAACAAGAUUUUGACCGGCCAUCAAGACGGGAAGAUUCGUGUUUGGAAAUCGAACACGAAAGACCCAAGAAUUCAUAAACGCAUUGGAACAUUCCCCACGUUUUUCGACAUCUUGAAAACUUCCAUGAAGUCGAAGAAUUACGUUGAGGUGAAACGAAACUGUACGACGCUUUGGAUCAGGCAUUGCGACGCCAUUUCCAGCCUCAGCAUGAACGAAGAAGAUGGUUUGCUUUAUUCGGCUUCAUGGGACCGAACGUUUAAAGUAUGGAAAACGUCGAAUUCAAAAUGUCUAGAAUCAGUGAAGGCCCACGACGACGCCGUGAACUCCAUCGUCUCCACCGGCGACGGCCUGGUGUUCACGGGAUCGGCGGAGGGGUCGGUGAAGGUGUGGAGACGAGAAGGGUGGGGGAAGAACAUGAAGCAUAAGUAUGUGCAGACGCUGCUGGACCAAGAAUGCGCGGUGACGGCGUUGGCGGUGUCGAAAUCGGGAUCGGUGGUGUACUGCGGGUCGUCGGACGGGUUUGUGAACUUUUGGGAGCUGAAAAAGCAGCUUUCACACGGCGGAGUCCUCAAGGGGCAUAAACUGGCGGUGCUGUGUCUUGCGGCCGCCGGAAAUUUGGUGUUCAGCGGAUCAGCUGAUAAAACGAUAUGCGUGUGGCUGAGGGAGGGGUCGAAUCACACAUGCAUGUCGGUUCUAAGGGGGCACACAGGGCCAGUGAAGUGUCUGACGGUGGAGAAGGGCGGUGAUGGGAAAUGGGUGGUUUAUAGUGGCAGUUUGGACAAAUCGGUGAAAGUAUGGAGCGUACCGGAGCAGUCGCCGGAGAUGCAGCGAACGGCGAUGGUACGAAACGGGAAUGUUUCGUGA